CGGAACCCAGGAAACGCCACCUCCACCACCUCGUUCUAGAGGUUAUUUUUCUCGCAAUGUAAUGCUUCUGGACACAUCUAACGACGUGGAGAUGCAGGGCCCCCCACGCACCACUACAAAGCAGGCCAUCAUUCAGCAGGGGAGGUUGGUAAACGGCGUUCGUUUCAGGACGGAGAUGAGCGGGCAGGACCUGGAGGACGUGAUUAGAAGGGCCAUGCGUCACACGCAGCUACCUCUCAACGGACGGCUGACCAUCCACUCUUCUGAACCGAGCGGAUGGCGGUUUCAGCGGGCAGAACCCCUGGUGUCUAUAGAUGGGGAGGACUUGAGAACCCGUUUGAGUCAGGCCUCCCAGAUAUGCUAUAUAAGUCACAGAGAGUCUGCAGAGACAGCGACACCAUCCGCUAGAGCAAACCAAGAGGGUACAGGGCGUUCGUCGGUUUUCGAUUUUGAAGACAACGAAAUGGCGGAUGAGGAGGUCGAAAUGAUAGAUGUGGAGGAGAUCCCCGAUCCUGGCAGCCCUGGAAGGAACGCCUCAGUGGCCAGCCCUGGAAGGGACUCCUUGGCUAGCCGUGGAAGAGACUCCUUGGCUAGCCGUGGAAGAGACUCCUUGGCAAGCCCUGGGAGGGACUCCUUACCCAGCCCUGGGAGGGACUCCUUACCCAGCCCUGGGAGGGACUCCUUACCCAGCCCUGGGAGGGACUCCUUACCCAGCCCUGGGAGGGACUCCUUACCUAGCCCUGGGAGGGACUCAUUCACCUUGUCCAUCCCUGGAAGGAACCACUUGGCUAGUGCUGAUGACGUCCUUGUGACAACUACGCCACGUGCGAACGUUGACAUGGAAGUGGGUUCGCUCCGGACCAACGAAGAUUUCACGGAGCUGGUGGCCGGCACGUAUGAUCCCUUUGCUGGCCACUUUUACCAGACAAUGCGUGUCGUGGCCAACCUACCUGCCACGAGCCUGAGCUCUGUUUACAAUACACCGAUACUGACCACUGAGUUCAGAGUGGCGCAGGCCCAAGCAGUUGCCGACACUCGGAUAUUGCUGGUGGCACUAGCAGUGCCAUCAGCAGGCAGUGCUAUUAUAAGCCUGAUGCUGGAUCCGGAAUUCCAGCAACGAGUUAGGAACACUGCAUACUUGUGGGUGGCGGAGCCACGAUCAAGCCAGGGAAAUUCGGCUCGCACAGAGCUGGACCUGGCAGGCUAUGGCGCCGACAACAUUCUGGCUGUGUGCAUCCCCGGUCAGACCUCUCGGCUACGCCGACUGGGAGUGUUUGAAGAACGCCUCCUGACCACACGUGCCUUUUCAGACAUGAUGGACCUGGCCGAGGAAGCUUUGACCGGUGUCAGGCAAGAGAGGGAACAGCUUCGCCAGUGGAGGGCUUUAAGGCAAGCUCAGGAUGAGGAGUUUCGCCAAGCAGAAGAACAAGGCGCAACUGACCGUGUGAGAGAAGUGGAGCACGCGGAAAGAGGCUCCACGCCGGAAGAGAAACAGAUCGCUGACAGCCUCAUACCACAGAACCAGGAAACUGAGUACGAGACCUGGCUUACCCCCGCUGAACAUAUCCAGGCUCGGUGGGGUAGCUCUGCUCUGCGGCAAGUGCAAGCAGAAGAACAAGGCGCAACUGACCGUGUGAGAGAAGUGGAGCACGCGGAAAGAGGCUCCACGCCGGAAGAGAAACAGAUCGCUGACAGCCUCAUACCACAGAACCAGGAAACUGAGUACGAGACCUGGCUUACCCCCGCUGAACAUACUAGGGCUUGGUGGGCUAGCUCUGCUCUGCGGCAAGUGGCGGUGAGCUACGAGAGCGAAGAUGAGGUCAGUGAAGUCUCCUUCCCCCAAGCUGGUGAUCGGGACAAUGGAUCAGUGACAAGCACCGACACCGUCCCUAUCGAAGAACUGACACAAGAUGAACCAGACGAAAAGUGACCGCGUUCACCCGUUAGAACAUGUGACAUGAGAACAAGUAACAAGUACUGUACAUUGUAAGGGAGGGGAACAACUUGUCAUAUCUUUGCUUUGUUUUAUUACAAAUGUACUGUUGACUUGUAAGUGGGGCAGAAAUACUUAGAUUGUAAUAGUUUUGUUUUUAAAUAUGUUUUGUAACCUUUGAUGUGUAUUAGGGUAAAACAGGCCCUCAUAAGUGUGAGGCAUGGAGUCUGUCAAUGCAACAGCUAAUCUUUAUGUAAAUGCAAGUUCCUUCGAUGACCAAGUUCGCAAGUUCGUACCAAGCCUGGAUGCAAAUCAUGUUGCUUUAAUCUACCUGUACAUCAAAGAGAAGCCAUGUAGGUGAUACGUUACAUAGAAGUGUUAGGCCCACCUUCCUUUUCUGAAACUGUCUAUUGUCUGUGUCUGUGAUUCUGUAAUAAAGACGCCAGGAGUUGUUGGGUUGGGAACAGUUGGACAGAGGCUUCGGUCAGAGAAGGAAGCAGAGAGAGUGCCCAACUCACAGCUCCCGUGCGUGUCAAUGGCAUUACCUGUGUCUUGUGUGUGUUUCUUAGUCCCGUUGUUUAAUAGUUCCUCGUGCAGCAUUCUAAAAGAACCUGGGGCCACAACAUCGGCCCCACCACUUCUUACAGACUCAUGUUGUGCAUUUCGAACAAAGACAAGUUUUGUGACAUGAGAACAAGUAACAAGUACUGUACAUUGUAAGGGAGGGGAACAACUUGUCAUAUCUUUGCUUUGUUUUAUUACAAAUGUACUGUUGACUUAUGUUGUGCAUUUCGAACAAAGACAAGUUU